AUGCCUUGCCCACGGACGAAGGUCUCUCCGGCGGAGGGCGGCGGCUUCGCCUUUGUUCCGAUAUCCCACCCGAGCGAAUCGGCGGCCUGGAAGAAGAAAGUGAGAUCCCAUGCGGCCAGAAACCACCAGGCCCGGCGGCAGCGGGUUGUCGCCUACCAGCAGACCGCCGUCACCACCCGUGCGAGUACCCCGUCCGAUGGCCAAGACUCGGACGGAGCCCCUCUCCGCCCGUCGAGCCAACCACCGGAGACCCGGGAGGUGUUCGCGUCUGGCAGGGUUCUCUCAGACUGGAAUUAUGGAAACAGCCAUCCACUUGUUCACAUAAACAGCCCCAUAUCGCCCUUGGGCGCCGCAAGGACCGACCCGUUCAACAGCUUCCACAGGGUUGUCACGCCUUGGGAACAGAAGCUCCUCGAUCACUUCAUGCAAUACAUGGUCAUGAAGGAAAUGACAUGCGUGCCCUCCCUGAACCUCGACAUAUUGGGCGACAAGGCCGCGUUCUGGAAGAGCAUGGCGGCGCAUUGGGUGCAGACCUCGCUCUCUGACCGCGGGAUGCUCGCCAGUACCCUGCUCUGGGCCUGCAGGCAUAUGGCGGCAGUGCAACAUCGCGACAUCUUCAACCCGCAGGCGACCAGGUACAGGUUGGAGUGCAUCCAGAUGCUCAACCAGACCCUGACGAGGGAAGGGAAGAACAUCAGCAACCUCACUAUUACUAAGACGCUUGCUUUGGCUUCGGACUCGAACCUGAUGGGCGAACACGACAUCGCGGAACAGCACUUGAAAGCCGUGGGAUACAUGAUUCGAAUGCAGGACGAGGGUGACACUCCGAGCGACUUCCUCGGCAGGCUCGUGAUAUGGUUCACUCGGGACAAAAACUCCAAGAGCAUGAUGGGCAGGGCGAACCUGGACUUCAACACGGACAUGACACCCGUUGCGAAAGUAGAAAAGGACUUGGUUUAUCACGUCAACGCGUCGACAAGUGUCUAA